AUGGACAAGAAGCACGAGGACGUCGGUGGCGUGGCGCAGAUUGACAAGACCUCUGUCUUCCAAGAAGCUGAGAAUGGGCAGAUCUUGACUAAGCUCGCACUGCUGCUCUUCACGGGCGAGAGCUGGGGGCGCCAGGAAGCCACGACACUCUUCUUCGGCAUAUCGAAGCUCUUCCAAAACAAGGAUGCCUCGCUCCGCCAGAUGGUCUACCUUGUCAUCAAGGAGCUGGCCGGCUCUGCCGACGAUGUCAUCAUGGUCACAUCCUCCAUCAUGAAGGACACUUCGGUCGGCAGCGAUGUCGUGUACCGCCCCAAUGCGAUCCGCGCCCUCUGCCGAGUCAUCGAUGCCUCCACCGUACAAGCGAUCGAACGUCUCGUCAAGACGUGCAUUGUCGACAAGAACCCCUCGGUGGCCUCCGCGGCACUCGUAUCGUCGUACCACCUUCUCCCAGUCGCAAAGGAUGUCGUGCGAAGGUGGCAGUCUGAGGCAGCAGAGGCAGCAUCUGGAAGCAAGUCUGGCGGCGGCUUCUUAGGUGGCUUCGGAGGCAGCUCUCACACUGCGCUGCAGGCGAGCACAAACUACAUGACACAGUACCACGCUAUUGGUCUGCUGUACCAGAUGCGCUCUGGCGACAGAAUGAGCUUGGUCAAGAUGGUCCAGCAAUAUUCGGCUCAAGGCGUUGUCAAGAGCCCUGCUGCUACUGUUCUGCUGGUCAGGCUAGCAGCCAAGCUGGCCGAAGAGGACCCAAAUCUGCGAAAGCCCAUGAUGCAACUGCUCGACGGCUGGCUGCGUCACAAGUCCGAAAUGGUCAACUUCGAGGCCGCAAAGGCAAUCUGCGACAUGCACAACGUCACCGAUGCCGAGCUCGUACAGGCUGUCCACGUCCUCCAACUCUUCCUCACAUCUCCCCGCGCAGUCACCAAGUUUGCCGCUCUUCGAAUCUUGUCACAAAUGGCGUCCUUCAAACCAGAUGCUGUCCGAACAUGCAACCAGGACAUCGAAUCGCUUAUUACAAACUCGAACCGCAGCAUUGCUACAUUCGCCAUCACCACACUACUCAAGACGGGCAACGAGUCUUCCGUCGACCGGCUGAUGAAGCAGAUCACAGGCUUCAUGGCAGAGAUCACGGACGAGUUCAAGGUCACAAUUGUCGAGGCUGUACGAACUCUGGCGCUGAAGUUCAAGGCUAAGCAAUCUGGCUUCCUUGCGUUCCUCAGCGGUAUCCUACGCGACGAGGGAGGCUACGAGUUCAAGCGAUCUGUGGUCGAGGCCAUCAUGGACUUGAUCCGAUUCGUGCCUGAGGCGAAGGAGGAUGCGCUGGCCACACUAUGCGAGUUCAUCGAGGACUGCGAAUUCACCAAACUCGCAGUCAGGAUUCUGUUCGUCCUUGGAAGAGAAGGUCCUUCUACGCCACACCCUACCAAGUACAUCCGCUACAUUUAUAACCGCGUCGUGUUGGAGAACGCCAUCGUCCGUGCCGCUGCCACCUCUGCCCUCGCCAAGUUCGGUGUCGGACAAAAGGACCCCGAGAUCAAGAAGUCUGUCCAUGUCCUCCUAACGCGCUGUCUUGACGAUGUUGACGAUGAGGUGCGCGACCGUGCCGCAUUGAACCUCCGGUUGAUGGACCAGGAUGACGACCUCGCUCUUAGCUUUAUUCGCAACGAUUCCAUGUUCUCCCUUCCCGUCCUCGAGCACCAAUUAGCCAUGUACGUUAGCUCCGAUUCCCGCGAUACUUUCGAAACCGCUUUCGACAUCACGAAGAUUCCGACCGUGUCGCGCGAACAAGCCGAUGCCGCAGAUCUCACAAAGAAGACCGAAGGCGCGACUCCCACUCUCAAGGCACCCAGUGCUUCAAAGGCACCUUCAAAGGCUGGUGCAGAUGCUGCCUCUACCGCAGCAAACAAUGCACAGAAAUAUGCCGAGGAGCUGCAGAAGAUUCCCGAACUUGCUGCACACGGCUCCGUGCUCAAGUCGAGCGAUCUCGUCGAGCUCACCGAGUCAGAAACCGAGUACGUUGUCACAGCCGUCAAGCACAUCUUCAAAGAUCACAUUGUGCUUCAAUAUGACAUCAAGAACACGCUCCCAGAUACAGUUCUGCUCGAUGUCGAGAUGGUUGUUACCCCAGAAGAUGAUGGUGACGUGCAAUUAGAAGAGGAAUUUGUCAUUCCCGCGCCCAAGCUUCCUACAAACGAGCCGGGCACAGUCUAUGUUUCCUUCAAGCGAUUAGAAACUGAGUCACAGUACAUCGCGGCAAGCUUCACCAACGUCCUUAAAUUCACCAGCAAGGAGAUCGACCCAAGCACCAACGAGCCAGAGGACGGCGAUGGCUACCCAGAUGAAUACCAGGUUGAAGAUCUUGAUCUCAAUGGCGCUGACUACGUUGUUCCUGCAUAUGCAGGCAGCUUUGACAAUGUCUGGGAGCAAUCGAACGGUGAAUCAGCGACAGAGACUUUGCAGCUCAGCAACAUCAAGAGUAUAUCAGAUGCGACAGAACAGCUCACAAAAACCCUUUCAUUGCAACCUCUUGACGGCACAGAUGUUGCACUAUCGACUUCGACACAUACACUCAAACUUUAUGGAAAGACUAUCACAGGUGGCAAGGUCGCAGCUAUGGUACGAAUGGCUUUUAGCGCAAAGACUGGCGUGACGAUGAAGAUCGAUGUGCGAAGCGAGGAAGAGGGCGUUGCAGCAUUGGUUAUUGGCAGCGUGGCAUAG